ACUCAGUAUUGUCCAAAUACAUUUUAUUUUAACAAAAUUUGGCCUACAUUUAAUGUGAUGAUGUUCAUCUCCAUCUUUUAUAAGAGCGUUGGCUUCAAAAACAACAGUUGCACAUGUGCAUGGAUAUCUCGAAUCCCUUGUUUUAUUUUUAUCAAUUUCAGUCAAAUCUCUUUUUUAAUCUGUUUUCUUUUUUGCCUCUGUGCUGCUGUAAUAUUUGGGAUUUAUUACAGUAUUUUAAUCUAAUGAUAUUCGUUGCAACAAAACGAGGAGUAAAGCAUGUCCAAAUAAUCAGUACAUCGGUAUAUCUAUUAUCUGUUAUAUCCAUAUUUACCGAAAGGAGAAAAUAUAACAAGAACAGUUGGAUUCCAGUAACACAGGUAUCAAGUACUGGAAAAAAACAAACUUCAUGUAAGAAAAAUCUGUGUCAGAAUCUGAAAAAUGCAUAUUAAAGUAAUUAAUUGUUGUAGUUUUGGUUGUGGAGCUGUGUUUGGGUACCCUCUACACUGUUGGGGGGCAGUUUAAUCUGUUAACAAUGCCUCUGUUUAUGGGCUCAAUAUUUGCUGUAUCAAAGUCGUUAAAAGAUGAGAAAACUUAACUGGAUGCAACUAAAUAUCCAGUACUGCAUUUGAGGUACUGGUUAUACUUUCAUCCUAUGCAUCUUCACACUUCACAACCUUGCAAACAAAACCCGCAAUCUUACUUAAACUGAUUUCAACUCAAUUUUUAUGUUUUUAUUGGUCUAAUUAGUCUGAUAAGUUGUUGCUCAACCGAGAUGGUAAUUGCCCGUGUAAUGUUGAUUUAUGUUUGCUUGUUUUUUUGCUCCUCUUGCCUCCUGCUGUGCACCUUUGACCAUGCUUGCAACAAUAUGGCACACUGCUGCAGGUUUUUUUUGUUGCCUUCAGUUUAAUUAACUAAAUUGUGAUGCCUUGUAUUUGAACAUGUGUGAUGACAACAAAGUUGAAUCUAAUCUAAUCCCAAUCUCCUCACUGCUCCCUUUGGGCCUUGUUGAGCAUUUUGUGCAGGGCUGACAUGGGUUGUCUGAUCCAGUAAGGAUGUGUGGUUGGACCUCACAGAAGGAUGUUCAGUGGGAGACCAUGUAGAUGUGGGUACAUUUUCUUUAGUUUCUCUACAGGGUGACUUCGUUUUCAACAGACACCAUCACGUCAGAAGUGAAUGCACAAAGAAAGAAAUCUCUCUACAUGAAGCAGAAGAGAUUUUAAAUGGAGUCAAGUACUUUUAAGUUUGAAUUUGUACUUUUGUCCAGCAUUUACUAAAAGUGGAAGGUAGCAAAGCACCGAAAUACUCCAAAGUACUACAAAGCAAGCCACCAUGUAACUGCAAUACCCAGGGUUCACCGCGGUGACCCGCUUCCAGCAGCAGUAUGGCAGCUCUGAACUUUACCCGGACUGUUUAUAUUUCCCCGGGUGUUGGAGGAGUGGCCCUAUGACAGCCCCUCAGUUCGCCUUGCUGCUCGCUCAGCUGCAGGACGUGAUCAUGGGGAGCACCCUGGUUAAAUGUGCCGCCACCGACCUGGGCAUCCAGUGGGCCGGCUGGGCUGUGGCCGCAGCUUUCAGAACCGAGAAGUUUUACGAUUUAGCAGGCUCUGGCACAUUUAUACUACUUGCACACCUGAGUCGGAUCUGGGGAGGAGCCACUCAUGUCCGUCAGAAGGUGCAGACGGGGUUGGUGACAGCUUGGGGACUCAGACUGGGGACAUUCCUCUUCCUGCGGAUCUUGAAGGACGGUCAUGAUCGCAGAUUCAACAAUGUCAGAGACAGCCCAGGGACAUUCUUUGUAUACUGGACUAUACAAGCUGUGUGGGUAUUUAUGACCCUGCUGCCCACUCUCAUGCUGAACAGCGAGAGGCGAGAUGUGCCUCUGGGAGCGAGGGACUACGUUGGCUGGGCUGUUUGGGGCCUUGGCUUCGCUACCGAGGCUAUUGCUGACCAGCAGAAAUCGAUUUUCAAGCGUGACCCAGAUAAUGCUGGGAAGUUCAUCCAGAGCGGACUCUGGGCCUACAGCAGACACCCUAACUAUCUUGGAGAGAUCCUGCAGUGGUCAGGUCUCUGGCUCUCGGCCUCAUCAGUGAUGCAGGGCUCCCAGUACCUCAGCGUGGCUUCACCUCUGUUCGUCUGGUUUCUGUUGCGGUACGUCAGUGGCAUUCCCAUCCUGGAGAAGCAGGCCAUGAAGAAAUGGGGAUCUGAGCCGGCUUUCCAGGCCUACAUUAAGAACACUCCUCUGCUUUGGCCCUUUCCCAAAUUUUGAUGCCAAUAGUUGUAUUUGAAUACGAAUUGUCAUCACUGGCCUCACACAAAGCUUACUUCCAUUUGUUGUCACUUUCCAUGUAUUUUGUAAAAUAAAAUCACUUUGUCACAA